AUGAUUGCUCCCUGCGGGCCCCCCAAGAAGGAGGCCGGCAAGCGCAAGGGCGAAGCACAGCGCGAGGCGUGCCACAAGUACAACAGCGCGGCGGGAUGUAACCGCGAGAAGUGCAAAUUCGACCACCGCUGCACGAAGUGCGGCGAGAAGGGCCACGGCGCGAGCAGCUGCUCCAACUAG